UGUGCGUCUUCAUCCUUGUGAAAUCAAGUCAAAAACUCAUUAUAAUAAAAUUAAAGGAUGGUGAAAAAAAAGCACAUCUUUGUUUUGGGACGUUCCCUGGUUCUUUGGAGAAAAUCCCAACCUUUUCAUCGAUUGAUUUCAUCUUGCCAAUCUUUCCCUUCAAAUCAAUCUACAGGUCGCAUACAUCUCAGUGAUGCAUCAUCCGUCCUGCUGUUUGAUGUUCGGCGUUGGAAUUCAAGAUUGUCAAGCUUGGGUCGGUCUCGGGAUGUUGUGAGUGCACGCCAACUGUUCGAUAGAAUGCCGCACAGAGAUGUUGUCACUUAUAGUUCAAUGAUCAGUAUCUAUCUAAAAGAAGGUGAGGUUUUUGAAGCGGAGAGGCUUUUUCAGGAAAUGCCUGAGAGGACUGUUGUUGUUGAGUCGGCUAUGAUUGAUGGAUAUGCCAAGGUUGGAAGGAUUGAUGAUGCACGGGUAUUGUUUGAUCAAAUGCCUGUUAGAAAUGUGUAUUCUUGGACGAGUUUGGUGUCUGGGUAUUGUCGAGUUGGGAGGGUGGAUGAUGCCCGGAAGCUUUUUGAGCAAAUGCCGGAUAAAAAUGUUGUUUCAUGGACUACUAUGUUUUUAGGUUAUGCUCGGAAUGGUUUGAUAUCGGAUGCUCGGUGUGUUUUCGAUCAGAUGCCGGAGAAGAAUGUUGUUUCUUGGACGGCGAUGGUCAAGGUUUAUGUAGAUAAUGGUCGAUUAGCAGAGGCACGGGAGCUGUUUGAUGAAAUGCCGUAUCGAAAUAUUUACUCUUGGAAUGUGAUGAUUUUGGGGUAUUUAGAUGGUAAUCGAGCAAGUGAGGCGAUUGAAUUGUUUUGGCUGAUGCCUCAAAAAAAUAUGGUUUCUUGGACAACUAUGGUCACUGGUCUUGCGCGAAAUGGACUGAUAGAGAGAGCACGAGGGUUCUUUGAUCAGAUGCUGGAAAAGGAUGCAGCGGCAUGGAAUGCGAUGAUUACUGCAUAUGUUGAUAAUGGAUUUGUGGCUGAGGCGCGGGAAGUAUUUGAUAGGAUGCCUGAUAAGAAUGUUGUGAGUUGGAAUGCUAUGAUUGAUGGGUGUGUGAAGAAUGAGUUCCAAGAGGAAGCAUUGGAACUUUUUCGGCUCAUGCUUGUGUCUCCAGUGAAGCGGAAUGAAACUACUUUAACUAGCGUUUUAGUUGCAUGCGAGCGUAUUGCUGAGAUCAUGCAAAUUCAUGCAUUAGCAUUGAGACUUGGUUUUGAAUCUGAUACUUCAUUGACAAAUGCUCUGGUUUCUAUGUAUUCCAGAAGUGGUUAUCUGGCCUCUGCUUAUCUUGUCUUCAAGGAACUUGUGAUCAAGGAUGUUGUCUCAUGGACAUCGAUGAUACUUGCUUACUCUAACCAUGGCUGUGGUGAAUAUGCACUGCAGGUUUUUGCACAGAUGUUACGGCAAGGAGAGAAACCGGAUGGGAUCACCUUUGUAGGGGUGUUAUCAGCUUGCAGCCACAUUGGUCUUGUGGGGAAGGGUAGGAGGAUAUUCAAUUCAAUGAGCCUCGCAUACAAAGUAGAGCCAAAGGCUGAGCAUUACUCAUGUCUCGUCGACUUAUUGGGCCGUUUUGGGUAUAUUGAGGAAGCAAAAUCAGUGGUGAGUACAAUGCCACCAAGUGAGUGUGAUGAAGCGGUGCUUGGUGCACUGCUCGGAGCAUGCAGGGUGCACAACAAAAUCGAAAUUGCUAGCGGCAUUGGUGAACAGUUGAUUCAGCUUGAGCAAUCGGGCUCUGGGAGUUAUGUACUCUUGGCAAAUGUCUAUGCAUCUUGUGGCUUGUGGACUGAUGUUGGUAGAGUGAGAAAGUUGAUGAAAGAGAAGAACGUGAAGAAAGUUCCUGGUUAUAGUGUGAUUGAAGUGAAUAUGAGAAGCCAUUUGUUUUAUGCUGGUGAUCAGUUUCAUCCGCAAGCAAAGGAGCUAUAUGAGAUGCUACAAUUAGUGCUUCUUCCUCAGAUGAAGGAUAUGCAUGCGCAUUCAUUGCUCACAGAAUCAAAUGGAACAAAAACACAUUGACACAUAAUACAAUUUACAUAGAUCUUUUCUUCAUUAUGAUUUAGACGGUUGUUUGGGGCCAUCUGUGCAACUGAAUAUGAACAAGGAGGUGAUGAAGAGCCACGCUAUGAUAAUGAAGAACAUCAGCUCACUGCUGUCCUCUGCUUCGAAAACCAUGUUUAUGCCUUCAACUUCUGUCUUCUUGAUAUAUUUUUACUGUGCUUGUAGGGAUCACAUGAAUUUGAAUAGGUGUAGAAUUCAGACUGAAGUCACACAAAUGAGACAAUUGCAUCCAAGUAGUGUAAGGGAAGAGGAGGGCCAUUCAGAGAACUAGUGGAUGGCAUUUUACUAUGAAUAAGAGCCAUUGCAUUCCCACCACUCUUCUCUUAUCUUCACAUUCAAAGCCAAGCCGAAAUGAACUUCUCUUCUACCUCUCCUGAACCAAAACUCCUUCAUUGAAACAAUCAGAAAACUUAAAGCUAAUGGUCUCUCACUCUUUCCUUUAUGUUCUCACUGCUUCCAAAGAAUAGUUACUACCUUUACUCACUAUGGC